AUGAAGUUCUCGCGGUCUGUAGCUCUGCUCGCUUGGGCAGUCCCUGCAUUGGGCUCUACCUAUCAGGUGAAGGAGACUCAUUUUGUGCCUCGUGGCUGGAAUGCCGUUGGUUCUGCUCCUGAAGACCACCGCAUUGAGCUUCAUUUUGCGUUGAAGCAAAGUCGCUUCGACGAGUUGGAGAAAAGUUUAUAUGAUGUCUCCUCGCCGGGACAUCCUCGGUAUAGACAGCAUCUCAGCCAGGAAGAGGUCCAUGAAUUAGUGAAGCCUACAGAUGAAACUCUCGGCCUAGUUGAGGAGUGGCUUGGCAGCCAUGGCGUAGAUGUCCAUGGCCUCGACUAUACUCCCUCCAAGGACUGGUUUACUGUUACUCUUCCUGUCGACACUGUUGAACGCCUUCUGAACACCAAGUACUCUGUUUAUGAGCAUGAGGAUGGAACCCAACUGGUUCGCACACCCAAGUGGUCCUUGCCUGAACACCUCCACGACCAUAUCGAGUCAAUCCAGCCGACUACUUCUUUCUUCCGUCCUCGUAAGGAAGGACGGCAAUUCAAGAUUGCCGAUGAGCUAGCAUCGUUUUCCGCAAAUGCCAUUGCAGAAGCACAAGUCGAGAACCCAACUGUCGACACUGUCUGCAAUGCCACUGCGGUUACACCGCUCUGCCUUCGUACUCUUUAUGGCACCGUUGACUACACUAUCCAGGCCCACGGUAAGAACAAGAUUGCCAUCAACAAUUUCUUGAACGAGACAGCCAACCACUCGGACGUCAACAUUUUCAUCAACACUUAUAGGCCAGAAGCCAAGGGGUUCAACUUUACCACUUUCAUUGUCAACCAUGGAGAUGACCAGCAAACUCCUGAUACUCCAGAGCAACUCGAAGACGGCAAGGAUAUCGAGGCCAACCUUGACGCCGAGACUAUCAUUGGCAUCUCGUAUCCCACCAAACUGUAUACGUACAACACAGCUGGAACCCCUCCAUGGAAGCCAUCCGCAGGAAGUGAUAGCGACACAAAUGAACCCUAUGCUCUUUGGCUGAAAUAUGUCUCGAGCCAGUCAGACGACGUCCUGCCCCAGACCAUCUCCACCUCUUAUGGCGACGAAGAGCAAACCGUUCCACGAUCGUACGCUCACUCGGUAUGCAAGCGAUUUGCCGCUCUGGGAGCCCGAGGCGUCACCGUCCUUUUCGCCAGCGGCGACUCGGGCGUUGGCUCCAACGGAACUUGCGUGUCAAACGAUGGCAGGAACAGGACACAGUUCAUCCCAGAAUUCCCCUCUAGCUGCCCAUACGUCACCAGUGUAGGAGGCACCAUGGACUUCAAACCCGAGGUCGUGGCCUUUAACGAGCGCAACGGCUAUGUCAGCGGCGGUGGCUUUUCCAACCACUUUGAACGUCCACACUACCAAGAAAAGGCUGUCAAGGGAUACGUCGAGGGGCUUGACGGUCUCCAUGACGGGCUUUUCAAUAAACACGGCCGCGCCUACCCCGAUCUCGCCGCCCAGGGACGCGCCUUUGCCGUUGUUUGGAACGGUUCCGUCCAUGCAGUCGAUGGAACCAGCGCUGCCACGCCAGCAGCAGCAGGUGUAAUCACUCUGGUCAACGAUGCCUUGGUUGCCGCCGGCAAGCGUCCUCUGGGAUUCCUCAACCCUUGGUUGUACGCCGAGGCUCACAAGACAUUCACCGAUAUUACCAGCGGUUCGUCCUUUGGAUGCAACACUUCUGGUUUCCCGGCCCAGACGGGUUGGGAUGCUGUGACUGGGUUUGGCACAUUUAACUUUGAGGAGCUCAAGGAUCUCGCUUUGUCGAAGUAG